AUGUUUCUCUUUCAAAGGCGGGACUUCACUCUCAUCCCCUCACACACAGGAGUCCUGUGCAAGCUGAGUGCUCACCUGGAGUGUGGAUCCCUUGCCAGGACCAGGGCGUGGAGGCUGGACGAGCAAGGCUCGCCACCCGCCGUUGCCCACCUCCGCAGUCCCCAGCGGUCGGCCGCCGCGCCACCCGCCCGCCCGCCAGCGGGGCCCUCGCACCCCCGUGCCGUGCCUUGGUACGCGCCGCCGGGCGGGCCGGAGCGGGCGGGCCAGGCACUGCUGCCCCCCCGCCGGACAAGGCGGACUGCAGGCCCGCGGGCCCCGCGCAGCAUGGGGAGGCGCUGCUGGCGGCGGCGUGCGCUGGCCGCCGCGUGUCUGGGGGCCGCGCUCCUACUCCUGGGCGCCGCGCCCCGUGCCCUGCGCCCAGCAUUUGAAAACAGCCUGGGCUCUGGCUGGCUCGGUGGGAAGAGGAGGAGUCCCCUGCAGAUGCUUUAUGACUUGGACCAGGGCCCGCGCUCAGCCCUGGCCGAGGUGCACCGGCAGCGGCGCGACCUGCUGCGCCGAGCCUGCAGCCGCCACACACGCCGGCAGCGCCUGCUGGGGCCCGAGGACCUGCGGCACGUGCUGGUGGACGACGCGCACGGCCUGCUCUACUGCUACGUGCCCAAGGUGGCCUGCACCAACUGGAAGCGCGUCCUGCUGGCGCUGAGCGGCCGAGUCCGCAGCGACCCGCGCGCCAUCCCCGCGCACGAGGCGCACGCGCCGGGCCGCCUGCCCUCGCUGGCUGACUUCAGCCCGGCCGAGAUCAACCGGCGGCUGCGCGCCUACCUGGCCUUCCUCUUCGUGCGCGAGCCCUUCGAGCGCCUGGCGUCGGCCUACCGCAACAAGUUCGCGCGGCCCUACAGCGCGGCCUUCCAGCGGCGCUACGGCACGCGCAUCGUGCGGCGCCUGCGGCCGCGCCCACACCCUGACGCGCUGGCCCGCGGCCACGACGUGCGCUUCGCCGAGUUCCUGGCCUACCUGCUGGACCCGCGCACGCGCCGCGAGGAGCCCUUCAACGAGCACUGGGAGCGCGCGCACGCCCUCUGCCACCCGUGCCGCCUGCGCUACGACGUGGUGGGCAAGUUCGAGACGCUGGCGGAGGACGCGGCCUUCGUGCUGGGCCUGGUGGGCGCGCCCGGCCUGCGCUUCCCUGCGCCCCCGCCCCGGGCCAAGACGGCAGCCGCCCGCGACCUGGCAGAGCGCCUCUUCCGGGACAUCAGCCCCUUCUACCAGCGGCGCCUAUUCGACCUCUACAGGAUGGACUUCUUGCUCUUCAACUACUCUGCCCCUUCCUACCUGCGGCUGCACUAGGCGGCGA